AUGGUUGUUGUGAGUAAGCAGGACGGAACACGGUACGUUGGCGUGCUGUCGACCGGCGCGCUGUCGAACGCCAGCGAGGCGGGUAUUGUGCUAGCAUCGGCACAAGUCUUGGAGACGACGGAAAAGAGCGUCCGUGCAGGCGAGGUGCUACCAACCCUGACAAUCGCGCUCAGAGAUGUCGUCGAAGUCGAUGCGUCAGGUGCGCGCGUUAGCAGUGCGCAGGAGCUGCAGGCGCAGCAGCAGCGGCGCGGUUCUGGAUUCCGUACGGAUACGGAGAUCAGUGGUCAGCCCGGUACGUGUGGCGACGGACGCACACUGCAGCGCUGGGACGACUCGUCGGCGGGCGCUGCUCCGGCGCCGGCAUCGCUAGAGCAGUCGACGCGUGCGGGACCCUGGGACCAGUUUGCUGAGAAUGAGGCACGCUUUGGUGUCACAUCGAACUACGAGGAGACCAUGUACACGACCAAGCUAGACAAGUCUGGUAAAGACUUCAAGGCACGGGAGAAAGAGGCUGAGCGCCUCGCCAAGGAGAUUCUCGAGGGCUCAACGUCCAAUGUGCAUGUGGCCGAAGAGCGAAACCAGGUGCCCGCCCAGGAGGCGAAUGAGGAGGACCGGUACGGCGCGGUGGUGCGCGAGACGCCUGCUCCCGCGCCCGCGCCCGCAACCGCACCCGCGCCCGCACCCGCGCCCGCGCCCGCACCCGCGCCCACGACGACGGGCUCUGGCAAGGCGCUCACCGCUGAUUUUAGGCAGUUUGUGAGUGCCGAGCGGGAACGUCUCGUCGUGCGCAAGGCCGAGUUGGCGCAGAAGGAAAAGCAGAGUCGCCUAGCGGACCUCAAGGUGUGGGCGCAAUCGUUCCAGCUCAAGACGCCCAUGCCCGAAGACAUGGCAAUGGCCAUGAAGAAGCGCGUCGAUGCGACGCACACAAAGUCGACAAGCACCGUGAGCUCGCCUGCAACGGGACCCGCGCCACCGGUCGACCAAGCGCGUGCGAAGCUGGCAGCCAUGACAAUCCCUGCGAUCCCUCCGUUCAAAAAAGCCGAGGAGAAGAAGGCGCCGACGAAGCUGAAUGCCAAGGCAUCAGCCUUCAACCCGGCUGCGGCGUCGUUCACGCCAGGCGCGCGUGUGAGCGUGCCAAGUGUGCCGUUCUUUGGCACACGUGAGCUUAGGAACCGACCCAAUACGGCCCCUCUGCGCAUUGGCGACGAAUUCCGCGCGCCAAAGAACAAAAAGCUGGGUGAGGCGUCCAAGACGUCCGUGUGGUGGUCGUACACGGGCCGUCCGUUCCGCCAGCAGGUUGCGAUGAGCACAUAUGGGGGCAAGCCGCCAUUUGUUGGCGAGGCGCCGAUGCCCAUGGGCGCCGCGCCGCAGCUCUGGCAGCGGCACCAGCGUACGCGUCGGGCCUAG